UACACCGGCGAUCUAACAUACUACGACCCUGGUCUUGGAUCAUGCGGAAUAUCUAGCAAAUCCUCCGAGAAUAUCUGUGCUGUGUCACACGUUGUCUUUGACGCCGCCUCGACUUCUGGAAAUCCGAACGAGAACCCACUUUGCGGGUUGAAGUUGCGUAUACGUAGGGGCGAUAAAAGUGUGGACGUCAAGGUUGUGGAUCGCUGCCCAGGUUGCAGCGUCGAUGACUUGGACGUAUCCUCAGCUGUUUUUGAAGAAUUGGGCGACCUUGCGGAAGGGAGGGUAACAGUGGACUGGGCCUGGUUGGACAAAACCCCUGUUGCGAUGGAAUGA